UCAGUAAUUUUUGUAAACUCACUAGCAGAUCGUCUAUCACUUUCAGCUCUGAUUCUUUUUAGAACAGCUUUUAACCAGACUAAAAUUUUAAGGGGACAAACAAUUCGAAAUUUAAAAUACCCAUUCGAAAUCUAUUUUUACUUGCUAAAAAUUCUCUAGUUCCAUUCGCUAAUAAAAUUAACCGUAAAGAUGCCUUUGGAGAACCAACAAAACAGCGAUAAAAAUUCGACAGCCCCACCAAGAUUCAGUGGUGUCCAAUGGCCCUCCCCGGCUGCAUGCGAUCAAUCUGCUGCGUCUCCUCUUCAGGCAGCCGAAGCGGAGCAAGAGGCGGGGGUUCCCAGUGAGUUCCUGUACUCGUUGCUAGAGUGCCCGGUGUGCUUCGGCUACAUGAUGCCCCCCAUAAUGCAGUGUCCCCGGGGCCACAUGAUCUGCCAUUCCUGCCGCCAAAUGGUGACCCUAUGUCCUGUUUGUCGCGCGGCCCUGUCCAGCAUUCGCAACCUGGGCAUGGAGAAGGUGGCAUCCAAGCUGAUAUUCCCCUGCAAGUACUCGCAUCUGGGCUGUCAAGCCCGGCUUGCGUAUUCGGAGAAGAAUAUUCACGAGGAGAGGUGCGAGUGCAGCCUGUACAGCUGCCCCUAUCCCGACGACAAGUGCGUCUGGCAGGGACCGUUGGGCGAUGUGUACGAACAUUUGAUCAGCACCCACGAGAACAUAAUCACCAUGGAUGGCACCGACAUAAUUUUUCUGGCCACCAACGUAAAUCUGGAAGGCGCCCUUGACUGGACCAUGGUGCAGACCUGCUUCGGCCGCCACUUCCUGCUCUCAUUGGAGAAGAUAUCAAUCGGUUCUGACUUUCAGCAGUUCUUCGCCACCUGCCGUAUAAUCGGGUCCGUCCUGGAUGCUGCAGAUUUCGUGUACCAUAUCACGCUGGAGGCCAAUAACCGCAUCCUGCGCUGGAAGUCCACACCGAAAUCUAUACGUGAGAGCUUCAGCUUCGUCAAUUCGGAUUUCUUAGUGCUCAACAAGACGACUGUCCAAUUGUUCGCAAAAGAUGGCGACCUGGCCCUAAACGUGGUCAUUAAAAAGGUGAACGAGUCCAGCGAGGCGCCUACGGCUUCUCCCGGCGUUUAGUCGCCUGCCACCCCAUCGAUGGGCAUGGCGAUCGCCCUUUCCGUUAGCCCUAGCCAUCUGCACGGGCAUCGUUCUCCACCAGUCCCUCUGUGAGCAGUUGUUACUAAAAGUUGUCGUACUUAAGCGUAUCCAUAAUAAAUUGCAUGCACUUCA